AUAAUAAACAUCACGACGUGUUAAGAAGUUGUCUUAAAAAAACAAAAAUAAUACCAUUGACACCGUUGAGCCCAACUGAGGUACUAAAGCGCAGAGACUCUACCGAGCAGAGAUCACAUCCAUGGCAGAAAAAUGGGAAGAAGAUUUUCAAGGUUAUGACGUAAAUCGUUUUCAAGAAGGUGUCAGAGAAGAUCUACUUUGUUCCAUUUGUCAGGAAGUUCCAAAGGAUCCUAGACUUUGCCAACACAAAGAUCAUAUAUUCUGUUUCGCUCAUAUAUCACGACAUCUCGACUGUGAUCUCGUUCAAAACUCUCAAACAUGUCCAGUUUGCAGAUAUCCUCUGAAUGAAGAAACCUUGAGACGACCAACAGGAUUUCUGAAGAAUUAUUUGGACGACCUUAAAAUCAAGUGUGAUAAUCAUGAUCGAGGAUGUCCUGACUACGUCCGUCUGGAGAAUCUCCCAAGACAUGUCAAGGAAUGUGGAUAUGCUCCUGCUAUGUGUCGUAACGAAGGAUGUGAAACAGAGAUCAAUAGAAGAGACAUUGAAGCUCACGAGAAAGAUCUUUGUCACUACAGAAUCGCCAAAUGUCACGACUGUAAAGAUAUCAAGAACAAUGUGAACGAAAUUAAAGCAAGUCUGGAUGUAACGAUUGAUCAAAUGACUGCAAUGAAAGGAAGACAGGAUGAAAUGCAGAGAAGAGGAAAUGAAAUUAAGAAAAAUUUGGAUGAUCUUAAAGCACGCCAAGAUGAAACGAAUGUUCAAAUGUCUGCAAUGAAAAUAAAUCAGAAUCAAAUUAAGAGAAAUCACGAUGACAUGAAAAAAUAUCAGGAUGAAAUGAACACAAAACUGGAUGAAAUUAAGAAAAAUGUGGAUGAAAUUAAGAAAUAUCAGGAUCAAACGAAUGUUCAAAUGACUGGAAUGGAAAGAAACCAGGAUGAAAUGAUGGAAAGUAUGAAAGAGAUGCGAAAAGAGUUUGAGAAAAUAAUUACGAUGAUGAACCAGGGCUUUCAAGCAGAUAAUACAAGCAAGAAUGGUGCUAGCGCUAUAGAUCACACAGGUCCAGUAACCAAUGAAGAUGUUAUUAUUAUUGGUGGUCGGUGUGGGCCAGGAAGUGACCAGGUAUUAAAUACAGUCGAGAAAUACAGCAUAGUAGAAGGAAGGUCAACUGAGCUACCACAAUUAAAUCAUCCUCGAGCAUCAUCGGUAUCGUGUGUUUACAACCGCAAUGUUCUCGUCGUUGGUGGCUACGUUGGUAAAACAGGAACGGAUUUAAUCGAAAUAUUGAAGACUAACCAACAUCCUUUGCGAUGGACCAUGUUUGAUGGUAAACUGCCUGUCAAAUUAUCUGGUCACGACGUCAUAGUUUAUGAGGGAAAACUAUAUGCAGUUGGUGGACUAAACUGGAAUGAAAGAGCUUCAUCGAAUGCCAUUUACGAGAUUGCUCUCACCCCACCUUAUACAACCAAGCUGCUGACAAGAAUGAUUGUGCCAAUAAGUGAUCACAGAGCAGAACUUAUUAAUGGAAAACUAUAUAUCUUAGGCGGGUCAACAACAGGCCAUAGUAAAGAUGCUCGUGACAGCGUUGUUGUGUAUGAUUUGAUUGAGAAUGUGUUCAAGCCAUGUCCAUCGUUGCCUCGGCCUGUUUGUUUUAUGUCAACAGUAACAUGGCGUAAUAUGAUUCUAGUUGUUGGCGGCUGUGAUAGGAAUAAUCGGGCAUUAAAUGAUGUAUUCAUGUUAGACACUGACACCGGACGAUGUGAGAUACUUCCACCCAUGAUUUACAAAAGGAGCCGCUGCUUUGCUGUAAUGAUGAAUGACGUCAUUUUUGUGUUCGGUGGACACAAUAGAGAGCAGGGAUUUCUCGAUUCAGUGGAAUCUUUCACCAUUGGUGGCGAUGGUUGGAAAGAACUGCCACAGAUGAUUGAAAAAAGGAGAUACGCAACUGGUGUAAUUAAACCCCUGUAAGUAAAUACGAAGAAUGAAUUUGGAGAAAGGAUGCACAAAUAAUUGAUACGUAAAUAAUGUAGAUAUGUUACAUGAUCUUGAAAACAAUCUUUCAAACAUUACUGAGCCUUUAGAAUCAAAGAUAAUAAUUAGGAACACUUAUACGAAGUC